AUGACCUUACACUCACUGCGAUUCAAGAAUAUGCAGAGGGCAGUGAAUGCCGAUCCCCCAAGUAAGGGGACAGCCUUCUCUCCGCCAGUGGCAGAAACCAAAGCAGAGGUCCAAAUCCUACACUCUCCUGUCCAGUUGCCGAGAGCCUCAACUUCCACCUCAGACCCUGGAGGGACAUCCACACAGCUAAUGACACCUUCAGGCUUGGACACCAUGCCUUCUACUUUCUUGGGGACAUCAACCUCUGGAGCACCGUCUCCACCACUGAUGCAAACCUUGGACUCUGGGACACUGUCCCCCUUGCUAAUGCCCACCUCUGAUUCUGGACCACUGUCCCCGUUGCUCAUGCCAGCCUCGGAUUCUGGAGUCCUCUCUCCAUUUCUAUCCACUCCAGACUGUGGGUUAAUGUCCCCUGGGCUGAUGACAAUGCCUGACUUUGGAAUGAUGCCUACUCAACUGAUGGCGGCACCUGAUUCUACAGAGAUGUCACCAUUGUCAAUGCCAGUUUCAUCCUCUGGUGUGAUGAGCACCCCAUCUUCAGAAGCAGUGUCCACACCAUUAAUGCUAGCUCCAGAUCCUGGAGAAAUAUCUCCACUGCUGAUGCCAGAUAUAAAUGCUGGAGGGAUGUCUGCCCAGCAAAUCACAACCCCGGGCUCUGAAGCAAUGUCCCCUUUGCAAAUCACAGACGAAGACACGGAAGCAAUGUCCAAAGUGCUAAUGACUGCGCUAGCCUCUGGAGAGAUAUCAUCCCUGCUAAUGUCGGGCACAGACUCGGAAGCAAUAUCCUCCCUGAUCAUGUCAGCCCUGGGUUCCGGAUCAAUGCCAAGCCAGCCAAUGAGUGCCCAAGACCCUGGUGGAAUGCCCACCUCAUUAAUGUCAGACCCAGACUCAAGAGGAAUAUCUUCACUGCUAGCACCCACUCCAGACUCAGGAGCAACUUCCGCACCACUACUGUCAGGCCCAGAUGCUGGAGACUUGUCCACGUCACUAAAACCGGCCCAAGACCCUGAAACCGUGUCCCCGUUGCUAAUGACUGCUGUCACCUCUGGAGGGAUGCCAACCCAGCUGCCACCAGGCCCCAGUUCUGGAGUGCAAUUUCCACUGUUCACACAAAAUCAAAAUCCCGAAAUCCUGCCCACUCUCCCAAUGGGAACACCAGCUGCUGCACUGAUGUCCACCCCUCCGAUGAGAGUCUCAGACUUGGGAGCAAUGUCCAUGCCACUCAUGAGAACCACAACCUCUGGAAAUAUGUCUAUCAUGCUCAGGGCAGAUCCAGCCUCGGGAGCAAUGUCUACCCCACUGAUAACAGUUGCGAACUCUUGCGGAAUCCCCUCAGAGAAAAUGCCAGCCACCACCUCUAGAGUGAUGUCCACACAGUCAACCACGGCCAAGGCUUCUGGAGCAGUCUCCCCAGGGUUUGUAAAAGCCACAAUCAGUGAAACGAUCUCCACCCACCCAGCCAGAGUCUCGGUUUCUGGAGUAAGAGCCACACCGCUAGUGACCACGACAGCCCCUGAAAUAAUGACUCUGCCGCAAUUUAUGGGCCCUGCCUCUGGAUCCAUGCCAACACAGCAAUCGAGGGCCCUGGACACUGGAGUGAUGUCCAUUUCCCAGAUGAGAGCCACAGCCUCUGCGGUGAACUCUGCGCCACACAUGCAAGCUUCUGUAGCAACGGCCACUCCACUCAUGUCAACCAAAGCCUCGGAGCUGAUGUCCACCGUGGUCCCAAGAGACACAGCUGCAGGAGCGAUGUCUGUGCCCCACGUGAGAGCCCCAGCUUCUAGCACCUCAUCCAAGCCACUAGUGACACCCAAAGAUGCCGGAGCCCUGUUCACACAGCAAAUGACAACCACAGCUUCUGGAGAGAGAGCCACCACAUUCGUAAGUGAGACAGGUUUUAGAGGGAUGUCCACGCCACACAUGACAGCUGGGGCCUCUGGAGGGAUGACCAGGCCGCUUCUGAGAGCCCCAACUUCGGGAGUGAUUCCCACCCCUCAGAUGACAGCCACCGAGUCUAGAGGUAUGGCCAAGCCAUUCACGAGAGGUCAAGCCCCUAGAGGAACGCCCGGGUCACUGUUGAGAACCACCAACUCGGGAAAGGUUUCUAAUCAGCCAAUGAGUGCCCAGGACUUGGGAGGGAUGUCUACCUUGCUUAUGAGAUCCGUGGCCGGUGGAGGGAUGUCCACCCUGCCUAGAGGCCCAGCCUCUGAAGUGCUAUCUGCUCCCCAAAUGACGGCCUCGGCCUCGGGAGAAAUGUCCCCACCACCGAUCAGAGCCUCAGCUCCCGGAGAGAUAUCGACAUCUCUGAGAUCCCCGGUGUACGGAAUGAUGUCCCCUCCACAAAUGACCUCCACAGCCCCUGGAAGGAUGUCCGUGACACCAAUGAGAGCCGCAGGCUCUGGAGUGAUGCCCAUGUCCCCAGUGAGAUCCACAGCCUCAGGAACGAUGGCUGCACCUCAGAUGGCAUGCAUGGCCUCUGGAGGAAUGCCCAUGCUACUGAUCAACCCCCCAGGUGCUGGUACAAUAUCGACACCACAAAUGACACCCACAGCUUCCGGAGGGAUGGGCACUGAUUUCCAUAUGUCCGUGGCACAAACACCAGCCAUGGUCUCUGGAGGGGUGUCCAUGCCACUAAUGGGAACCCCGGACUCUGGAACAAUGCCCAUGCCAUUGAUGUCAACCAUGACUUCUGGAGAAAUGUCUGUGCCAUUCGUUCAGUCCCCAAUCCUGGGAACAAUGUCCUCACUGCAAACCAGAGCCCCAAGGGCUGGAUCGAUGCUGACACCACAAGUAACAUACACAGUUCCUGGUGGGAUGUCCACAGUUCCAAUGAGAGCCGCAGCUUCCGGCGCAAUGUCCGUGCCACUCCUGAAAGCCACCACCUCUGGAGAGAUGUCCAAGACACAGAUGACAGCCAUGGCGUCCAGGCCACUAAUGAGAGCCCCAGCCAUGGGAGCAAUAGCCACACCACAAAUGGAAGCCUCUCGAGCGAUGUCCAAACCAGAAACCCAAACCACAGACUCUGGAGAGACAGCCGCCGCCACCUCUGGAUGCAAGUCUGCACCUGGCGCCACAGCCACAAACCCUGCCAUGAGGAACCCGCCACCAAAGGAAGUCCCAUCCUUUGGAAUGCUGACCCCAGCCCUUUGUUACCUCUUGGAAGAGCAAGAAGCGGCCCGGGGUUCAAGCCCGGAGGAAGAGGAGAUGGAGAUCGAUGAGGAAAAGCAGAUGAAGGGUUUCCUGAGCGAUUCUGAGAAAAUGGCAUUUCUGGUGUCUCUUCAUCUGGGGGCCGCAGAGCGGUGGUCGAUCUUGCAGAUGGAGGUAGGCAACCCCAUCUCGAGGGAAAAGAAGUCUUUCCUGGCCAGAUCGCAGGGCUUAUAUGACUCUCUCUCUGAGGUAGACAUCCUCAGUGCUGUUCUUUGCCAUCCCAAACAAGGCCAGAAGUCAGUCCGGCAGUACGCCACUGACUUCCUUCUCCUGGCCCGACAUUUGUCUUGGUCGGAUGCCAUUUUACGUACCAGGUUUCUGGAAGGCCUCUCCGAAGCUGUUGCCACCAAAAUGGGCCGGAUCUUCCUGAAGGUGGCUGGCAGCCUAAAGGAGCUGAUAGACAGGUCUCUCUACACGGAGUGCCAGCUGGCUGAAGAGAAGGCUUCUCCGGGUAACUCGAGCCAGGAUAUGCCAUCAGCCUGUAAGCGGAAUAACGAGGACGCAAUGGAGAAUGAGCUGAACUCUCAUCAGCAGACUGAGGAGCACCAGCAUGUUCCCAAGCGCUGUUACUACCUGAAAGAACAUGGAGACCCCCAAGAAGGUCUUCACGACCACCUUCGACAGAGCACAGGCCUUCCGAAGGCCCGCAGUGACAAGUAA